GAUCAAAUGAUGUAUCCUAAUGAGGGUGGAAGUUUAUAAAUUAUAAUAUUGAAGCUUGCUUCUCAACUGGUUUUUUAUCUAGUUGAAAUUUUUUUUUAAUACCAAGUAUCUUUCUUAGCUUUAACACUUUUUAUCAAGCCUAAUGAGUACUAUCAAUAGUUCUGUUAAUAAUCCUACUCACAUCUCUAAAGAAAAGAAGAGACGCCCAAUUAAAGAGCUUAACUGGAUACUUUCAAAUACUAGUAAUUUCAAUCAUAUAACUUUCUUCAAUCAUUUUAAAAAUUAUAAGAAAAGAACAGCUAUUCGUCGAUUCAAGAUAGCAGUUGAUUAUUUUAUUGUUGAUGAGUUUGCAGAAACACAGAUUCUGAAUAACUUCCACGUUUGGAACGCAAAUAAUGAAGGAAUGAAUUACUGGAUUCAUAGGGAUAUUGAAAUAGCCCUAAACACGAACAGUAAUGAUAGCAUUAUAACUGCUGACUCAGGUACCGUGGUAGACAAUUCGGUUACAUCAACAUCUGUUCGUUCGUUUGAUAUCUUUGAUCAAAUCAAAGACUUCUUAACACGUAAUAUUUUUCUUGUAGAUGCUGGACACUACCUUGUUGGACAACUUAAUGUUCACGAAUGCUUUCAUCGUUUCCAACUACAUAUAAAAGACUUGAUUAUCAGCAAACAAUUAUUAACAAUUGAAAGUCAUGUACCACAUAUCCUAUCUACUUCAUCAACAUUACUACUUUGCAGCACAAUUGAUAUUAGUAUGAACAGUUACUUUGAUAAUGCUGCAACUACAGUACUUGAUGAUAUGCAUAUUAGAUUAGGAUUACACUCCAAAAAGUUUCCACGAUUGCUAUUAAUCAAAAUGAUUGAUAUCAUAAAUGAUAUAAAUCUGAAAAAAUAUGAAUGCUCUGAAGGUAUAUCUCAAUUAUAUCAAUUAAUGAAAGGAGAGGAGGAGUUAGUGAAAAGAUGUAUAACUUUGAUGAUACGACUGUUGCAAACCCUACCACUUAAACAUGAUUAUACAAGUAUUAAGGAACAAGAUCUUUGCUCUCGAUAUCUUGUACCAGUUCUACAAAGCUUCUUUGACUAUCGUUUUUCAGAAGAGAAAAUCCUUUUCCACUUCAAAGACAACUUAAAUAUGGAAUGUCUAAAUGAUAUUAGCCUGACCCGAAGUCGACCUGAUGGGCUAAUUGUACAAGAACGAUCUUCAGGACAGGUAAGCUUAGGUUUCAUAGAGGUAAAACCUUUAAAAGAAGCAAACAACCAUUAUAAAAUGAACAUGGAUCUUAUUCGCUUGAGUGUAUUCAGCAAGAAUGCGAUGGACAAGCAUAAGUUAAGAAAUGUCAUGACAAUUCAAGCUAUUGGUACCAAUCUAACAUUCUACCUAAUGCAACACUUUGUAGGAGGUUUGUAUAUUAUGGUAGAACUGGAUCACCUAAGGUUUCCUACAAGUAUCAAUGAGCUUGAAUUGUUGGUUGGAUUCCUCGAUCGAAUUCUUAAUUUGAUGGCUGUGUUCAAAGAACAUUGUGCUGAACAACGUGAAGUCGUUAUUGAUGGCCUAAAACAAACUUUAAGAUCACCUGUUUUAACUAAGAUCACUACGACGACAGUAGAUAGAAAAAGGACCAAUUAUUGCCAGCACUACUGUCAUUGAUAUUAGCAUUUCUUCAUUCUAUUUUUUUUUCAACUAUUCUUCUACUACACUCCUUUUAAUUUAUUGAAAAUAUUUAUUUAAAAACGUUUAUAAGAGAUAAGAUUAUAUUGUUGUCGUUGUUUUUAUUUUCUUACUUUUUUCGUUAUAUUUUCUAUGUGCCAUUCUUUUAACCUUUUAAUCGCCACAAAGGAUUCUAGCUUCAAACAUUCGAAAUAUUAAGAAAAAACUCCAGGAAAAAAAAAUGAUAAAGUUUCUUAGCUGCUCUUCUGAAGUUAUUAUGUUAGUUAGUACUAUUGUCGACCUAACACAACUGAAUAAAUACAAUUAUUUUGAAGGUAUGGAUAGCUCCCCCUCCCCUCCUCCUCCGCAGAUCAUUAUCUAUAUAGCUAAGACGCCGGAAUAGAUAGAGCUAGCUCUGUUUACCUAAGUUAAGUUUGUAACCAAG